ACGUGGAUUUGGUGACGUAGACAGACUGAAUUAAAAGCACGAUUGGCAUUGUUCGUUACUGUACACCUCAUACUGAUAACAUACUACAGUGUCAUUGUGCUUAGCCGGUGUCAGCAGAGUUUCUGGUUCGUCAGAGAAGAAACUUUACAGGUAGCAAGAGCAUAAUGGGAAUCACCGAGGAUAUUUUUGGAGAAUUCUCUGACCCAGAUUCAGGGAAAAAGAUUGCCGUAAAGCGCUAUACUUUGACCAGUGCCUCGGGUGUGUCUGUUCAGGUGAUUUCUUAUGGUGCUUGUGUCAGUGCCAUCAUAGUGCCAGACAAGACAGGGAAGAAGGACCAUGUCACACUUGGCUUUGAUAAAUUUGAAGACUAUACAAAAAUUAAUUACCAAGGAAGCACCAUAGGACGCCAUGCCAACCGCAUUGGAAAAGGGAAGAUGACGAUUAAUGGAGAAGAGUACCAGUUGACAAUUAACAAUAAUGCCAAUCAUCUCCAUGGUGGAAAGCGAGGAUGGGAUAAGUACAUUUGGGAGAGUUGUAUUAGUGAUGGGAGUGUCUUUUUCUCCCACUUCAGCCCAGACGGAGACCAAGGGUAUCCUGGGGAUGUUUUAGCGCAGGUGAAAUACACUCUGGAUGAUGAAGGUGGUCUACACAUUGAUUACGAAGCCAUGACAACACGUGCAACAACAAUCAACAUGACUAACCAUGCCUUUUUCAACUUGGCCGGGCAUGAUGCAGGACAAAAGGGGUUGUUUGAACAUGUUGUAAAGUUGAAUGCUGAUUGCUUCACACCUGUCUCAGAUCAGCUCAUUCCAACAGGAGAACUGGCCCCUGUAGGAGGGACAGGAUUUGACCUCCGCAGCCCAACCACCUUUAAAGAAGCCCUUACUAAUGUUCCCGGAGGAAUCGAUCACAACUUCUGCAUUCACGAAAAGCGCAGGGGACUUCUGGAGUUUGCUGCUUCCUUUCAUCAUCCCCCAUCUGGUCGUGUGUUAGAAGUUUACACAACUGAGCCAGGGUUUCAGGUUUACACAAGCAACUUCCUCCCCAAAGAUGAAGGUGCUAUGGUAGGAAGAAAUGGUUCUUCAUACAAAUUCCAAGGUGCUUUCUGCUGUGAACCUCAGAAUUACCCUGAUGCCAUAAAUCAUAAACAUUUUCCAGAAGAUGUUUACUGUCCUGGGAAACCUUACAAGCAUUCCAUUCUUUUUAAAUUUUUAGUUAGAAAGUGAAAUAUACUCUAAUAGAAAAAGUUACUAACUCAUAUCAAAUUAUUAUAUAAUUAAAAGUACAUACAGUGCCUUUUUCACAUUUACGGGAAAUUAUGAUUCACUCAUAAGUACAUAUAUUGUGAAGAAGUAUAGUAGUAGGAAAAUCAAAAUGUUUGUGCCAUUGCAGCUAUUACAAAUUUAUUUAAAAUGUUACACUAUAGAGAGGAUUGUUAAGUCAAGAAAAAUGGAAACUUUCACCUUAGAUUUCAUAGUAAAUUGGUUGGGGGAGUGUUUGGUUCUUUUGGUGAUAUUGCUGAUCUUAAUUUAUAUUAGUGAUAUGUUGAUUUUUAUUAUUCAUCUGUUUGUUAUGGUUUGUAGUAUUAAAGGGGUGUUGGAGGUGCUAUAGUAAGUUGAUUUUUGUUAUUCAUCUGUUUGUUAUGGUUUGUAGUAUUAAAGGGGUGUUGGAGGUGCCAUAGUAAGUUGAUUUUUGUUAUUCAUCUGUUUGUUAUGGUUUGUAGUAUUAAAGGGGUGUUGGAGGUGCCAUAGUAAGUUAAUCCAGAAUGAAUGAUUAUUAUUUUUCAUUCUCCUUUUUUGUGGCUAACACUGACAUAUAACAUUUUUAUUUAAUUCAAUUUAGUGAUGAAGCUAAGAUUAUGCCUUUCUGUGACUUCUUGAAUUACCAUUUCUGCCAUGGCUUGCUUGGAAGCCAUGCUUCCAUCGACAGUAGUACAUUACAUGAAUGCACACAAAC